GCUUUUGUUAACUGAUCUGGCAGCCCUGGUUCGCACUAUCUGGAAAUAAUGGCAGUUCCAAAAAAUUCGCAAUAUAAUCAAGACGAGGAGGUUGCCAAUGGAGCUGUCAGGACGGUAAAAAGCAGGAAAUGGUACUAUUUGAAAAUGCUGGGUGACUAUGCAGAUGUCUCGAUUCGAGUUGCGGCUACCGUUUUCCUCGCCGAUUUCCUGCUGCGAUUGUUCCGCUGUGCCGUAGAAUAUAUCCGCUAUAGCCGGUAUUAUCUACCGGAAGAUCGAUUAUGGACGAUUUUACGUCGUGGGUGCACCUACGAAAGCAAACAUGUCUAUCUGGCUAUGGCAUUCGUCAUCGCGGGUCUGUCCCGAAUUUCAGUUACUGGAGAUUUUAGGGUCGUUAUUCCUACCGCUCUCUAUUUGGCCCAAAUUCCGAUGUACUGGUUCUUCUUCGAUUUAAGCCGGAGCACGCUAACCUACUCUCACUGGAUCCGGGAAGAUCACGGCCUGGACUAUGCGGCAGGCAUGGCGUCGAAUUACUUUCAUGGUUACCUGAAAUUGGUAUUGCCCGAAAGCAACAACGAUGGAAUCAAACAUCGCAUGGCGGUCUACGAGGCCGAGAACAACAUCACGUUUGGUGUGGACCGCCUGAUCAUCCUUAUUCCCGAUGAAAUGUUCGUCAAUAAGGUUCUGGAGAGUCCUUUGUUGCAGAAAGCCAAGCCCUUAGAGACUAGACACCUUAACCGAGCUGGCGUCUAUCGUCCUUUCAAGCACGACGUUUACCGUCUUACUAAAAUGAUCAACGGAAAAACAUAUUACUUUGCCAUGGAAGGUGCCACACCAAUGUUGUCCUUCUUCGAUUCCAUGCAGUCCAAUCUGUCAGCCACUUGGCAAAUGAAGGAACUUCAACGCGAAAUUUGGCUUAAGUUCUGUAAGCAUUUAAAGGAUCUCAUCAAAACAUGGCCAGAAACCCGUAAUGAGGUAGACCUUCUAGUCUACAAUGCCCAUGAUGGGAACGGCGAUCUUGUUGAUAUUGGGGAUUUACUUAUAGCUCAUAUGAAGAACCAAACCAAAGUAAUUGACAAAAUGUUAACCAUAGAUAAAAAGUACUAAGUUCGAACGGCAUUUUUACGAAUACGAAUUUAAUUUUUGAAGAGUUUUUUAUAAAUUUUACUUAAACGUAAUGAGAAUGUUUUAUAUAAUAAAAGAUGAACUGGGUUUUAAAUGGCCUAGGGAUA